UCUGAAAGGUUUCUCGUUGCUGUUUUUUAUGAGUAAAGCGGAAGUUUGUUGCUAGAUUGACUUGGGCUCAGUGGAUGACAAGACUUUCAACUGGGAGAACUGGGUGGCGUCGGUUCUCCGAUCACUUUCGCUUUGGAGCUCAGUUAUCAACCGGCCUAAACUAAGUGCGCCACGCUCAGAGGAGGCUUUAUGAUUGUCACAAAAAGACUCAGUCGUGACCAUGCUGAGUCUAUCCAGAGCGCCUCUUUGCCUUUGUUUGUUGAUAUUGUUGGAGGCAGCUGUUCACUGGGGAACUGGUUCACCGGCUGCAGGUUUAGAUGAGGAUGCUUUCACCAUUCAGCACCAGAGCACAGGGAAAUGCCUGAGUGCAAGGGGUCCAGCAAACCUGAGCCUCGCCACCUGCAACUCAGCCAGCAAGUCCCAACAGUGGAAGUGGGGUUCAGGUCACCGGCUCUUCCAUGUGGGGACAUCGCUCUGCAUGGCGCUGGACGUCAGUUCCAAAAUGUUGACUAUGUUCGACUGUGGCUCCAACAUCCUGUUAUGGUGGCGCUGUUUGGACGGAGCUGUUUACACUGUUUAUCAGAUGGGCCUGGCGGUCAACAAAGGCAAAGUAGUGCUCAGUCGGGAAACUAAUGACACUUGGGUAAGAGGAGAAUCCCAAGACAACAUCUGCCAGAGGCCAUACCGCGUCAUCCAUACCAUGGAUGGGAACUCUGCCGGCAGCCCCUGUGAGUUCCCCUUCAAGUUCAAUAACAGCUGGUAUCAUGGAUGCCUCCCCGAUGCAGAAUUCCCUGGAAUGUCCUGGUGUGCCACCUCCUCAGACUAUGACCAAGACAAGAAGAUGGGAUACUGUCUGAAACCUGAGGAGGGCUGCCACACUCUGUUCACCGGUCCAGAUGGCGAUUCCUGCUAUGAGUUUGUCAUCAAUAGUGCGGUGACCUGGCACGAAGCUCUGGAUUCGUGUCGCAGUCAGGGAGCCGAUCUGCUUAGUUUCUCUGGGCCUGAUGAGCUCAAUUCUACAAUCUUGUUGAACGGCCUUCGCAGAAUGCCUGAGAAGAUGUGGAUCGGCCUUCACCAGUUAGAUACUUCUCAAGGAUGGCAGUGGUCUGAUGGCUCCCCCCUCUCCAUGUUACGCUGGGAAAAAGGAAUGCCCUUCACCUCCAUCAUCAUUCAGUCAGACUGUGGAGUCCUGAACUCUAAGAACAACUAUGAAACAAUGGCGUGUAACAGGCGGCUGCCAUACGUCUGCAAGAAGAGAGUCAAUGCCAGUGAGACAACAACAACAGAUUCUUUUGUCUAUAAGGAAACGUUGUGUAAGGAUGACUGGGUGCCGUGGAAUGGACUUUGUUACAAGUUGAUGGAGCAGCCAAAGAACUUCAACGCUGCCCAGGAACAGUGUAAAGCUGCGAACGGAGUUUUAGCCAGUUUCCACACGAUUGACAGCAAAGAGAUGAUCAGCACUAAUUUCCACGGAGAUGGCAAGACUUUAGACGUGUGGAUCGGUCUGGUUGGUGUCGGCGCGAACCCCACCGUCUUCAACUGGACGGACGGAGCACCCAUCACCUUCACUUACUGGGCUCCAUCACAACCGGUCCAGCCCACAUCGGAUACCAGCUGUGUCUCCUACACUGGAGAGUUUCAUAGUUGGCGGGUUGAGGAUUGCACACAGAUGCUGCCCUUCAUGUGCCAGAGGAAAGGAGAGGUCAAUGAAUCAGCAGCACAGGUCGGAUGUAGCUCGAAAGAUGGUUGGAAGAGACAUGGAAACUCCUGUUAUAAAGUGAACACAACGCAAGUGUCCUUCAAGGACCAUUGCAGCAUCACCAUAAGAAACAGGUUUGAGCAGGCCUUUAUUAACAGUCUGCUUCAAGAGACGGCAGGCAAGGAAACUCAGUAUUUUUGGAUAGGGUUGCAGGACAUCAACAGCACCAGGGAGUACAAGUGGGUGAGGGCAGAUGGGUCAAUGGAUGUGGCAACAUACACCAACUGGGGCUGGUUUGAACCAGAUCAGCAAGGAGAGUGUGUUGCAGUUUCCACUGCAAAGCCUUUGGGUAAGUGGGAGGUGAAGAACUGCGCUCUCUUCAGGGCCGGCACCAUCUGUAGAAAAGACCUCAUUAUACCUCCUGCCCCAGAACCAGAACCAAACCUUAAUGCAUCGUGUCCUAAUGGCUGGGUGUCCAGGCCAAACAUCAAAUACUGCUACAAGGUGUUUCAUGAAGAAAGGUUGAGCAGGAAGCGCUCCUGGGAGGAGGCCAUGAGGUUCUGUCAGGCUCUAGGAGCCAAUCUUCCCAGUUUCACAAACUUGGAUGAAAUGAGAGCCCUACAUUUCAUUAUGAGAGAGACUAUCAGUAAUAAUCGGUACUUCUGGGUCGGCCUGAACAGGAGAAACCCCGCAGAUCGCUCAUGGCAGUGGAGUGACGGCCGGCCCGUAUCUCUAGAUAUUUCAUACAGAAAUUUCUACGAGGAAGAUGCGUACGAUCGGGACUGCACUGCAUUCAAGACAAUGAAGAACAGCUUGAAACACGUGUUUUACUAUCUGCUGCACGACUUGUCUCCCAUACCUUUCUACCCCAGACCCUUUCAUUGUGACGCGCAGCUGGAAUGGGUCUGCCAAAUACCUCGAGGAGUGACACCGAAAACGCCAGAGUGGUACAAUCCCGAUGGGCAUCAUAACUCGUCCAUCUUUGUGGAUGGAGCAGAGUUUUGGUUUGUUAAUAAGCCACGGCUCAGUUUUCAGGAGGCGAGGCUCUUUUGCAAUUCUGAAAACGGUACACUGGCGGCUCCAACUAACGCCGAUGCUGCUAUUAAAAUCCAAAAUGAAAUGCAUAAAAUAUCAGAUCAGAAGCAAAGCUGGUGGAUUGAUAUGACACAGCCUGGACACAUAUUCCCUAUGACGUACAACUCUAUGUACUAUAACCAUUUAUUUCCCCUGGGUAACUGCACCUACAUCACUCCUGAAAGUGUCUUUCCCGACUCUGACCAGUGCUCACGGAGGUUACCGUUUGUGUGUGAAAGAGUGAACACCACAUUAGUGGAGAAAAACCCCCUGGAGCCUCAGCCUGGAGGACUGCCCUGUGGAAAGGAAUCUGUCCCCUUCAGAAAUAAAUGCUACACGCUGAUGAAGAAUUCAAAACCUUUUAACUUCAAGGGUGCCGACGAGGAAUGCCAGACGGUAAAAGGAACCUUGGUCACCAUCUCUGAUCAGGUGGAGCAAGAUUUCAUCAACACCCUCCUGAUGGACACAAAAGACAUGAACAAAACAUGGAUUGGUAUGAAAAUCCAGAACAGUGAAGCUUCAUGGAUUGACAAGUCCAAAGUGAACUACUUAAAUUUUAACCCUCUGCUCCUGGGCAUGCACAAGGUCGUGGCUUUUCAUCCAUGGGAUCUGGAGAGUUUGGAUUUGUGCGUGUUCAUGCUCCAUAACCCCAAGUCUGACAUGCUGGGUACCUGGGACUACACCAGCUGCACAAAGAUGCUAAAUGUGGCUGUUUGCCAACACUAUGCAGAUAAGCUAGAGGAGCCACAGGUCCCCACGAAGCCUUUCGUUGUCAAUAACCACACCGUGCUGCUGCUUGUCAAAAAUCUCACCUGGUCUGAGGCGUCAGAGGAGUGCAAAAAAAACGACAUGGAACUGGCAAGCGUGGCUGAUACCUACAUGCAAUCCGUCCUCACCAUGCACGUGAGCCGUGCAAAAACACCCAUGUGGAUUGGACUCUUUAGCGAAGAUGACGGGAACCACUACCACUGGACUGACCAAAGUCACACUGUGUUCAGUCGCUGGUCUUCUGAUGUCACUAGUGGCCAAUGCGUUUACCUGGACACUGAUGGCUUCUGGAAAGCCACUGAGUGUGAGGACACUCUAGGAGGUGCUAUCUGCCACAAACCAAGCAAGCACAAAAUCCCUACACAUAAGGAUGAUUCAAUGAAGUGCCCCCAUAAAAAAAAUGGUCCAAACUGGAUCCCCUGGAAGAAUAAUUGCUACUCAUUUCAGCUGGUUGGCUCCAGAUGGGAGUCGUAUAACCGAGGACGUAUUGAGAAUAUCUGCAAAAAACUUGAUGCAGGUGCAGACAUCCUGACUAUCCGAAAUGCACAAGAGAACGAGUUUAUAAAGAGCCAGCUGCUGCCCUUUGAGUCAUUGGUCCAGUUUGUAUGGCUGGGACUGUUCAAGGAUAACAAUGAUAACCAGACAAGGUGGUAUGAUGGCACAAAUGUGCAAUAUUCCAACUGGGCGAAAGGCCGACCAAAUUUAGAAAGCCCAUUCUUAGCCGGUCUCACGACUGAUGGCACGUGGAUUCUCGUCGCAAACAAAGAGCUACACCCCGUAUUCAAGCAGAGGACGAUUGUGAGCUGCAAGCUGGAUAAUGAAUCCAAGAAAGAAUACAACCAGUCAGCCAAGGAUUUUCAGCAGUAUGGUAACUUAACAUAUAGGGUUGUUACCCGAAAGUUGAAUUGGUCUCAGGCUCUAGGCGAAUGUGAUAAGCUUGGAGGCCACCUGGCAAGCAUCCAUGACGUGGAGCACAACGCACACCUGAGGCUCAUUUCCAAGAUGGAUGGCUUCCCACUCUGGAUUGGCCUGUCAAACUAUGCUGUCAGUGGCUCACCCUAUGAAUGGUCUGAUGGAACAAAAUUUGACUACCGUCCCACCAUCUCUAACUCCCAAGACACACCGAAAACCAACUGUGUUUAUAUAAACCCUGCUGGAGACUGGAAAAGGACCAGCUGCGAUGCUAUGAUCGAUGGCGCCAUCUGUUACACCACCAAUAUUACCUCUUCUUACCAAAGAGCCAAACUACAAGAUGGCCCAGAAACUAAUCAUUGCCCUCAGGUUGAUGGUAAGUCCAAGUGGGUUCAGCACAAGGAUCACUGUUACGCUUUUGACAUGAGCUUCUACAACUACAGACUCCACAGCAUGGAACAGGCCAAGGCUCUCUGCCAGGAGAUGGAUUCCCAUCUACUAACCAUCGAAACCAAAGACGAAAAUGAUUUUCUGGCCAACUACAUCACUGAACACCCUCUCAUCACCAGUCAAGUGUGGCUCGGCAUAGAUCUUGAUACUCUUGAUACUCAAGGUAAGCCUGUAUCCUGGCAGGAUGGCUCCCAUCUGAAUUUCUCUAACUGGUCAUCUACAGCCUUCACCGGGAAGAAGUCCAGGUCCCAGUGUGCCGUCAUGGCGACAGGCAAUGGUGGAAACUGGAAUCUGGUCCCCUGCGAGAGUAGCUACAGCCGUGUUGUUUGCAAAACGAAAGCAAAGUCUGCAGGCUCCCCGGCGGCACUGGGCUUCUUCAUCGUGGCCCUCAUCGCUCUCAUUUUAGCCCUCAGCUUUGUCAUCUACAAGAAAAACCGAGCCCGGUUCCAUUCUUCCGUCCGCUACGAGAGGACCUUUAACGAUAUGGACACCACCAGUAUAAUUGAUGCAGACUGAGCCUGCUUCAAGUUUUCAGCCUCAGGAAGUAUUGAUAUGCCUGCCUCAAGUUAUUUUUUUUUUAACGUAAUCUCCCCCCUCCUCUUUUUAAAUUAUUUAUUUAUCUUUCUCAAAGCCAAAUUUUUUUUCUGUGUGAAACUGUAAAUAUAGUUUGAGAUUUGUGAAUAUUUCCCAAUCAGUUUCUUAAUUUGGGUUCAGAUUGUGUUUAAUAAGAGCAGCACUGUAUACUUAAUUUUAAUGCGUGGGCUUAUUCUUCUUGGUCUUUUUUUUAAUUUUAUUUCAAUGAUAAAAAUGGGAUUUUCAGAUGCUUUACAAACUUAUGCAACCUGCAGCCUCAACAGCUAAAAUUGCACUGAUGCAUGAGUGACUUCAAACAUUCACAAACGUGCUUUUAACCAAUAAUCCACUGUCUGAUUUACGUGGCGGGGGGAUCAAUAUAUGAAUAGGAUUUUUUUAAAAGCACAGGUCAUCUGAAAAUACAGUAACAACCUGUUUUCUUUAAAGUGUUUAUAUAUCUAGAUUGUAUUUCAGGUAACACUGCGACAUGCCCUGACUUUUGUCUUCAAGCAAAACAGGGAAACUAAAGGCCGUGGCUCUUAAAUCAUUUUUCUUUGGUUUGUUGUAUGCCGACUGCAACUCAGCUGUACUGAAAGCUGGUUUGACAAACUAACACUGUGGCCUAAGAAAAUACAUGUGUAUUUUAGUUUGACUGCACUUUAAAGUAACAUUUUUUUAGCUUUUUUUUUUUUUUUUUUUACUUUAAAGCGCAAACAUUAUCUAGUUUAAUUUUAAAUGUACUUAAAAGAUUGUUAUAGACAUGUAUUCAUGUCUAACAAUGGUUUUAUUAGUGUGAGGGCAAAAAGGAAUUUAAAAAAACAACUUAAUCCUACUGAUAAGCUUUGAAGGGUCCUCUCCUAGCUUAAGAUACCAUAUUUAAUGAUAUGGCUCUGGCUUUACUAUGUACUUGACUACUGACCAAGAACGCACUUUAAUACCUUGUGGAGAAGCAGUUCCCAAAUUCAAGCACAGUGAGUUUUGGAAAGUGUUGUUUUUUUGUCAUGUUUGCUAUUGAGAUUGCACUGCUGUUUCCUGUAAAUGCUCUGUAAAUAAGUGAUGUGUUUAUUACUGAGAAUGAACCAAAGACGCUCUGACUCAUUUUGAAUGGUAAAAGCCAGAGGAACUGCUUCUGUGUGGCUUGUUAACCUGUCUUUAUAUCAAACUGCAGACCAAAUGGUUGUUUUGCUUGGUUUACUUUCACGUCAUUGCUGCUCAAACUUAUCAGCUCAAAUCAGGUGCCGUAUGCUUCCAAUAAAAUGCAUGGUUUUCAAUGGC